UAAACACGGAGUAAACGUUUGUAUCAAUCGCAUGGACUCUUCGCCGACACUUGGAAGUGCAAACAUUUUGGAUUUUACUUGCUGAAAUGGAGACCGAUAUUCAGAGAUGUUUCAGGAGCAAAACUGUUUUCCUAACUGGAGCAACAGGCUUCCUGGGAAAAGUCGUGAUUGAAAAGCUUUUGCGAACCACAGAUGUGAAACGCAUUUAUAUCUUGGUCAGGCCAAAGCGUGGGGUUGAGAUUCAGGAGCGGAUUAUCUCAUGGUCAAAGGACGCGGUAUUUGAGUUGCUGUACAAGUCGAAGCCUGAGGCCCUUCAAAGGGUUUGGCCCAUCGCAGGCGAUUGCCUCGAGUCCGAUCUGGGAAUCAGCGAGAAAGAUCGAAGGGUUCUGGCCUCUGAGGUUCAGAUUGUCAUCCACGGAGCGGCCACCGUGAGAUUCAAUGAACCGCUUCACGUGGCCUUGGCCAUCAACACCCGAGCAACGAGGCUCAUGCUCCAGUUGGGCAGGGAAAUGGGCCAACUGGAGGCCUUUGUUCACAUCUCCACUGCCUUCUCCAACUGCGUUAUCUAUGACGUCAAGGAGCGUUUCUACCCCGAGCAUCUGAACUGCGCUUCGGACAAGGUUCUGGGCAUGAGUGAGCUGCUGAGUGACGGAGUGCUGGACAACAUGGAGUCUGCUCUGCUUGGCUCGUUCCCCAACACCUACACCUACACCAAGGCCCUGGCCGAGGAUGUGAUCCUGAAGGAGGCGGCUGGCUUGCCCCUUUGCAUCUUUCGGCCGGCAGUCAUCAUUGCGGCCCACAAGGAGCCCAUCUCCGGCUGGAUCGACAACAUGUACGGACCAAUGGCCAUUCUCUUCGGGGUGGCUCGCGGUGUCCUGCGCAUCGCGACCAUCGAUGACAAGGCCGAGGCGAGCCUGGUGCCCGUGGACUACUGCGCCAAUUUGGCUCUGGCCUGCGCCUGGAGAACCAUCGAGGAUCGAGGCAGGAGCGAGUCGCCGGAGAGUCCUGUCAUCUACCAAUUGGCCCCGAACGAGGAAAACAGAAUCACCCACGGACAGUUCAUUCGGCAUGCUCUCGAUGGACGCGUCAAUUGCCCGCUAACGAAGAUGAUCUGGUACCCCUUCAUCCACUGCGUCACAUUGCCGUGGCUCUUUCCUCUGGCAGCCUUUUUCUACCACACCCUGCCGGCCUACUUCUUCGACCUGGCUCUUUGGCUGAGUGGCCGGAAACCGCGACUGGUGAAGGUAUACCAGAAGAUUCACAGGACCCUGGGCAUGCUGGGUCCUUUCGCCUGCCAGAGCUGGCGCUUCGACAUGCGCAACACGGAUCGCCUGAGGCAGCUAAUGUCGGAGGAGGAUCAAAGGAUGUACUACUUCGACAUGGCCAGGCUCAACUGGAAGGAGUACUUCCUACACGCCCUUCGCGGCAUCAGACAAUUUCUGGGCAAUGAGGCCCCUACUCCGGAGUCCAUAGCUCAGGGCAUGAAGCUGAUCCAGCGCCUCAAGCUGCUCCAUCACCUCCUACAGUCCUUCCUCUGUUUAGUGGCCGGAUUCGCUGUUUGGUCGCUGGUUAAACUUGCAUUGUAAUUCCGAUAUAAGUCACUCACCGACUUAAAUUUUAAUUGAAACUUAACAAGCCUGUAAGUGCGUCACUGAUCAAAUAUAUAUGUUCUUUGUGGAAAA